CCGCCAGCCCCGGCGGGGAGAGGGUGAAUCGGCGGCUCACGGCCUCCGUGUCAGCGCGGGGAGGGCGGAGGAGAGGGGAAAGCAAAACAAACGCUCUUGUGGUGCCGUCAGUUCGCGGUUACUCACCUCGCCGGCCGGUCCGCCGCCGAGAUGGGGACGCAGCGCUGUCUGGAAGGACGGGACAGACACACGCCCGGGAGAUUUGUCAUCCCACUGGAGGUCUUGGUUAUGGAUGCAAGCACAAGUCCAUUGGAAAAGGCAGCGGCAACAAUACAGUAGUCGUCAGCAAUCCCAUGACAGUUCAACAGCUGGGACCUCUUUCACCUUUGGCAAAUCAGCUUUCAGCAGCAUGCAACCAGAUCAGCCCUAGCUUACAGAGGUCUAUGGAUGCUUCCAGCCAGAGCGCUUCUCUGUCAGAUACAAGGUCACUCUUGUCUUGUGAGUCUCUGGCCUCUACAACAUUAAGCUUGCCAGAAGGUCACUCCUCUUUGAGUGUUCAACAAGAGUGGUCACACAGGUACAGGACACUUUCUUCUGUUCUUCCUGACCAUGGUUUACAAAAUGGCAGUGAGUUGGGGGACUUACUAAAUUUUUUGCCUGAGACACCUGUGUCCAGUAACUCAUUAUCAUCCUACUUAUAUGGCAUGGAAAAUAAGCAUUCCCCUUACUCUAGUCCUUGCCAGUCCUCAGUCUGGUCUCAAUCAUCCCGGCCCAAAAAGAGAGCACUUUCUGUGUCUCCUCUGUCUGACGGCAUUGGGAUCGAGUUCAAUACAAUCAUCCGUACAUCCCCAACUUCUCUGGUGGCCUACAUCAACAGCUCCAGGGUAUCGCCAGCAAACAUCUCCCCACAGCCUGAGGUCUAUGGACAUUUUUUGGGAGUGAGAGGAAGCUGUAUACCCCAAAAUUUCUCAGUUCCAGCAGCCCAGAAAGGCCUCCACAUGGCGAAUGGCAAUGUCAGCUUUCCAGGGUAUGCUGAAAACGGGGCUAGUGAGUAUCAGCAGAUGCAACAGCUGGAACAAGCCAGCUUGCAGAUGGCUGCCACAAAUAACAUGGUGAUCCAGCAGGGCGUGCCACCUUUGGACAGCCAGGCAGUGGACAUCCUGAAAAAUGAACAGCUGGAUGACUUCUCAGGCCCUACUGCUGACAUGCCUCUUCCACCCCUGCUGCUGCCACCAGCUCCUCCACAAGGGCCACCCCCGCCGUACCACGCUCACCAGCACCGGCAGCCGCACAGCCUGCCCAGCCAUGUCCACCCGCUGCAGGUGCUGCCGUCUGCCCCAGGCACCCUGCUGGAGGAAGGUGGCGAGCUGGAUGAUUUCAAUGGCAAGCAUGGCUGCUGCUGGGUUGACUGUGGGAAGCUGUACGACCAUCAAGAGGAGCUUGUGCGGCACAUAGAGAAGAUCCACAUAGACCAGAGGAAGGGAGAGGACUUCACCUGUUUCUGGGCAGGAUGCCCUCGAAGGUUCAAGCCAUUUAAUGCCCGUUACAAACUGCUGAUUCACAUGAGAGUCCACUCAGGAGAGAAGCCGAACAAAUGCACAUUUGAGGGUUGCAAGAAAGCCUUUUCCAGACUAGAAAAUCUCAAGAUUCACUUAAGGAGCCAUACGGGUGAAAAGCCGUACCUUUGCCAGCACCCUGGCUGCCAGAAAGCUUUCAGCAACUCCAGUGACCGCGCCAAGCACCAGAGGACACACCUGGACACUAAACCUUAUGCAUGUCAGAUUCCAGGAUGUACUAAGCGGUACACAGAUCCAAGUUCCCUAAGAAAGCAUGUGAAAGCCCAUUCUCCCAAAGAUCAACAAGUCAGGAAAAAGUUGCGAUCAAGCUCGGAGCUUGGCCAGGACAUCCUGAAUGACUGCCUUGCAAUCCAGCCCCUCCAGCCAGCCCUGUCACCACAUGAUGCUGUAGAUAAUACCAUGGGACAUUCCCCAGGGCCUGCUUGUGAUAUUUACCCAGCAGCUGUGAUCCCCAGCACACAGAUAAAUCGAAGUGGAACAGUGUCCUUGUCCCACCCUGGCAGCCACUCCUCCCCAGGACAUAACAUACAGGGUAGUCCUCUGCAUCGUCCCCAGAUACCUCUUCUCGCAGCUGCGGACUCAGAGAGGUUUGUUGCUCCAGCUCCUUCUCCUCAUCACAUUAGCCCCCAGAGGAUGUCCAUUCAACACCCCGUGAUGCAGAGACAGACUCCACAACCUCCUCAGCUUCCACAGCCUGCAGGAAUGCCUCUGAAGACAUACCAGCCUGCAGAAAGCCCUUCUUUUCAGCCAAAUGCCCUUCACAUCCAGGGUUUUUAUGGGCAGCUUCAGACUUUCUGCCCUCCACAUUAUGCUGACACUCAGAAGAACAUACAAGACAGUGUUUCUUGCAGUAUGGUUCCUCCUGUUGAAGACUGCUUAGCUCCCACAUCAGUGGGCCAGGCAGGGCUUGGCAUUUUCCGUCGAAGUUUUUCAGGUCAUUCUGGUAUCAAAGUGUAUGACUUUCCAGCAGGGUCUGUAGGUAUCUUUGGUGAUUCAGCUUGCAGCAUGCCAGAGGACAGCAGUUUCCUACAAGUAAAUGCAGUGGAUCGUUGUUCCAGCCAGCUUUCUUCUGUAUACACUGAAGGCUAAAGUAAUGUAUCUAGUUACAAGAACUUGAUUCUGUUUCAUCUUGCCCUUCUGGUAUUUCCCUACAAAUUUUUUUCUCUCCAUGGAACUGCCAUGUAUGUAUGGGGAUAUGACUAGAUAUACAUACGUAAUGGAGAGGAAAAUAGCAAUUACCAAGCAUUCUUCAUUUAAUCAAGCAGACAACUGAGAAAAGAGACUGUUUGGAGAAAGCAAGCUUUGCCAAAACCUUAGCAAUUCUUUCUUUUCUUCUCAUCUGUGGUACAGCAACUAUACUUUUUUAUUAUUUCUUCUUUCUAAUUUCUCAAAGGGAAUUCAGAGGCCAAAUAAGAAAACUGGUUGUUGGCUGCAAUCCUUUCAAGCUGAAUGGGUGUACUUACAGAAGAACAGCUUUAGAAAGUUCCUUUUUCAAAAAAGAAAAAUAAGUAAAACCAGAGUAUACUACAAACAUUUCAAAGGCAUACAGCUUUUGUACAAUCUGUUUGCAUGUGACAGUUCCAAAGUUAACCACACAGCAGUAUCCAAAAGGGAGAGAAAUUAGACACACAUGUUGGCACUACCUGUUGGAGGCAUUGGUGUGGCUUCUUUUUGGAUCAAAGGUCGUUGGUACCAGAUUUUUUACAGGCCUCAGGUUAGGUGUCCUUUCCUUUCCUCUGCAUUUUAACCCAUUCAGUAUGGCUAUUACUAUUUUGCCAAUAUUCAUCUGACCCAAUGCUAUAAGCAUGAAUAAGAAAGGUUAAAUACACAAAAAGUUAUGUAGAUUUUGUCUCUAUUUAACACACCUGCCAGAUAAGAAUAAAUGCAUUUUAACUUUCAGUUGCUUUUUAAUUAGACUGUAGAGCAUUGUUGCUGUAUGUGCUAUAGGAUUCUGCAGGAAGGUUUAAAAUAUUUUGUAGGAAAGAUUCUUCCUUAAAUUCCACACUUUUUUUUAAAAGCUAUCUGUACUGAUACAAUAAAUUUUGGUUGUCCUAACCUUUUUCCAUAACACAUUUUCAGAAAGAAGAACUACUCUUAAGGGUACUAUGUUUCCUCUGGUUACUUAGAGAGGUAAAACUGGACUGGUUUGGUGGUUUUGAUUUUUCUGCUAAAUGUCAGGCUCAAGGUCCUCAAAUUUAGUCCAGGAUGCAAGCAAAUGAGGUUGUCCUUCAUGAAACAUACAAGGUUAUGAGUUAAAACCAGUAUUCUGCAGUGGAGAUGUCAUCACGUGAUCCUGUAUACCUUGAGAACAACUCUUACAUUAGUAAGACUCAGCUUUUAGGUUUUAAUUCCUGUUCAUCGAUUUUGUGGACUUCUUACUGUGUAGUGUACAUCUUAAUAUUCUCAUGACCUGACAGAGUAAGGACAGAAAUUUGAAGUUCAUUCUUGCAGGCUGGACUAUAACUAUGCUUCUGAAAUCACUCUUCUAAAAAGAUAAACUUUAAAAAAAAUGUUUAUACAAGCUUUUUUUUUUCCCCUGGCAAACUUUUGAGAGUUGUUCAGUCCAAUUUGGCUCAAAUUCAUAAUUUAAUCUGCCCUUAUGUGGAAUAGAUGAAUUUAUGUCCAGAUGUUUGCGAACACUGGCAAUCUUUCAAGGUUUGUAUUCAUGAGGUAUAUUCUCACAUGCAGUCACGUGCUUAAAUAUUUAAUGGAGACAUUUUCAUCCGAUACAUAGAAUAUAUGGAUAAACCAUGCACAUAAAUGAAGUACAAUGACAAAUAAUGUGACUAAAAUACAUCUAAUUCUGUGCUAAGUUCUUCCCCCUUUUAUUCUGCUUCUCACAUCACAAGUGCAUGUGUCCCUCUGCUCCAGCUUGCACUGAGAGGUCUAGAUGUUACGGUAUGUGAUUUGCAUUGGGUUAAAUGACACCAGGCAUCCCUCACAUGUGCAAUCAGAAAGACAGUCCUUUUGCAUUAAUGUGCAUUGACUGCAAGUUUUACCUUUUAAUAAAGUUUUAUUUUGUGCUAUCUUAAAGCCCAUUCUGUGGUCACUGCACAAGCGUAACUUGGUUCAGUAGGAAUAAUUAGUCACACUGAACACUUCAGUUUCAAAUGUGUGGAAUUGUGUUUUGUUCCACCAAAGUCAGCAAGGCCAGGAUCAGACUAUGUGUGGACAUAUGCAUGUACAUACGCAUGCACCUAUACACUUUUUUAUAUAGAAAUCCUUCAAAAUUCUUUUAACCAGAUGAUUGUCCAGAAUUUGUCCACUGCUGUUUACAAAAUUGAAAUAUGGUUGCUGUCUUCAGAUUUGUACCACCUUGACUUUUAAAACUUUUGAAAUAUUUUUUUGUAGUAUCUGAAAGUUAUUCCAUAGAGUUGGGGGAUUAUACAUUCUGAAACAUGCUGACCAAAGGGAAAAUGGGAGUACUGAAUUCAAAAAGGGCAUUUUUAAUUUGGGGGUUCAUCAGUUACAUUUAAAAAGGAAAGUUUUGCAAGUCAUUAAUUAAUUCUUUCACAUAAAUAUAAUAUAUAUAUAUAUUUACAGCUUUCCAUGAGCCUUAAUCCUAAAAAGAAGGACCUAGAGUACAGUCAAAUCAAGCAUAUGCAUGUAGGCUACCAGUCUGUAAAAAGGCAUGCCUUUGUUUACUUCUCAUUCAGAGACAAAAAGGAUUCUUCACUAUUAUUUCAUUAUUCUCUUUGGAGUUGGACUGACUUCGGGGCAUAAAUUUAAUCACUGAGGGCAAUUGCAUAAAAAGCCCCAUUGUAUCUCAUAUGUAUUGGAUAUUUAAAUAGGGAAUUCUGCUUGUCACAAUGAAAAAUGGUGCUUGAGAAAAUACAGUUUUGUGGGUUAUCUGUGUAACCAAGUUAUUUGCAAAUACUUGUGCCUCAGUGAUUUUUGUGUUGUUAUUCUACUUGCUGUAUUUUUAACUUUCUAAAGGGAUUCAUAUAUAAGAGAUUAAGUUAUUUUAGACUGUGGACAUUAAACAAUAUUCAAAAGAAAUUAUUUACAAUGAUUCUUUUAUACAAUUCAUCUGUUUCCCAACUCAGUUGUCUAUUUAUAUCUGCAUUAGAAAUGGUUCUACACUGGAGUUUAAAAUACAGUUUCAAAGUGCAUGUGUACAAGUGGAAGUGUAUGAGGGUGCACGUGUGUAUCUGGAUCUCCCUUUCUACAUAUGUGUACACAAAACCAUAUAGGCAUUGUGGCUUACUACUACCAGAUGCUGAAGCGUUGCAGUGCUGAGGCCAUCUGUCACACUGUAUUUUGUUUUCAGCUUUUCUUGAAAAGGUGUGAAUGAGUAUGAAGAUUACAUUUUAACUGUUUAUUCCCUGUUUUCCCUGUGUAAUUUUAUAGCAGAUUUUUUAAAACAGCACUUUUUUAUUGUUUGUAUGAAAUCUUGUUCUUGGUUUGGGGCUUUAUAUAUAUAUAUAUAUAUAUAUAUAUAUCUCCUUGAAGCAGGUAAAGCAAAAGACCACAAUUUAAAAUUAGCUGAGUGAGUUUUUAUUUAAGAAAAAGAAAUCCUUUUGUUCUGUACAGAAAGCAGCAUCUUGUGUAAUAUUUUUUACACAAAGCACUUUGGUGAGGAGAGAAAGUGGGAUUAUGUUUUUCCUAAAACUUACGGAUUAAUCUACAUAUUUAUACAUGCUUACAUAUAUACAUAUGAUCUUAAUUUGCCAUACUGUAUAUCUGGCUGAUAUAUCUUGCUCUAAAGAAAUGUCUGUUGCAUGUCACGAAAAAAAAUUAAAAAGAAUUAGUUACAUCUUUUGCUCUACUAGUAUGUGUAAUUUUGUGAUUUGUUACAGUUGUUUUUCAUACAAUCAUAAGUUAUUUUUGUCCUGUUUCAUAACAUUCUAUUUUAUGUAAAAGGCAAAAAUGAAAGGUGUAUUUGCAUGGUACAAAAUAAAACUGGAAAAUUAUAACUCCAUUACGUUACCUGUAGAACAUAUUAUUGUCAGAUGCCGUUAAACUGCUCCAGCUCUUGUCCUUCACCAUAAAACUACUUGUAUUUUUAUGGAUUCGUAUAAUUAGAAACAGAACUAGGAAAAAAACCCCUCAGAGAUUUCUCAAACCCACUUGGCUCAGAGUUUUAAGUCUGGAUUUAAUUAUUAUUAUUAUGGUGAAGCUAGAGAUUUGUAGAGAUAAAUGAAUGCUGCGGUGUGUGUUUACACCCUGGGUGGAGACAUAAAUAAAAGAAGAUUAUUUAAUUA